AUUGGGAGAGAGAACGUGUUGAAUAGUUGGGGACGAGAAAGCAAGCACCAAUUCAAAUCGUUAUCAUCCUCAAUUCUUUUUAAAUUUCUUCUUUCCUCCUCCUUUACCAUAUCUCCAGCAGAGACCUAGUCAAAAGCUUUCUUCCCCAAUCAAUCAAUGGAUCAGAAACCUCUUGGCUUGCUCACGAUCCACAUCAAACGAGGGAUUAAUCUCGCCAUUCGCGACCAUCGCAGCAGCGAUCCUUACAUCGUUCUCACCGUCGCCGAUCAGACAUUGAAGACACGUGUGGUGAAAAGAAAUUGUAACCCAGUAUGGAAUGAAGAAAUGACUGUUGCUAUCAAAGAUCCCAAUGUCCCAAUCCGCUUGACAGUGUUUGAUUGGGACAAGUUCACAGGAGAUGACAAAAUGGGAGAUGCAAACAUUGACAUCCAACCAUACUUGGAGGCUCUGAAAAUGGGGAUGGAGCUUUUGAGGCUACCUAAUGGAUGUGCUAUCAAAAGGGUUCAACCAUCAAGGCACAAUUGUUUAUCAGAUGAAAGUAGCAUUGUUUGGAACAAUGGUAAGAUUACGCAAGACAUGAUCCUUAGACUUAACAAUGUCGAAUGCGGCGAGAUUGAGAUCAUGCUUGAAUGGCAUGAAGGUGCUGGUUGUAGAGGUAUCACUUCUUCCUCUACCAAAGGUGGCUCUUCCUCUACCUGAACUUAUUAUUGUUCUUUCUUUCUUUCUUUCUUUCUUUUGUUGUUGUGUAUGAUUAAUCUGUUGUUGUUUCCAUCUGUAUAAGCAACUCAAGUAUGUUUUCCUUGAUGAUCAUUUCAAUGGCAUGAUCAAGAUUAAUAUUUGAGACUUUUGUAUGUGUUCAUUUGAAUAUCUUUUUUGAGUUUUCGCUU